UGUCAGCUCUGGAUUAAGUGAGGGCAGCACUCUGGUCACGGAACCUAUUCUAGGAGCUGGCAAAUGAAAAGAGAGGUUGUUUCAGGAGGAGGCAAUGGGGAAGGAAGAAGGAGGCUAGAGUGGGAGGUGCUGCUGGAUUUAAGGUGGGGACUCUACCAGGAGUGAGGAAUCCCUUCUGGCCCUGAGCUAGACAGAAGGGCAGGAACCCCACUCCUUCUUCUUUAUUCUUCCAGGGCACAGUCCUCAGAAUGUUCCAGGGGGAAUAGAAGCUGGAACCAGAGCCUCUGACCAGUUUCCCCCAGUAAUGGGGCUCCCAGUGAGUCAUCUGCUAGCUGGCCUGUGUAUAUGUGUGGCCUUGGGCCGGGGAGAGGGCUCAGCCCCCAACUUGGGCCCUGCUGAGCAGGAGCAGAACCAUUACUUGGCCCAGUUUUUCGGCCUAUACGGGGAAAAUGGCACACUGACUGCAGGAGGUCUUGCAAGGCUUCUCCACAGCCUGGGGCUAGGCCGAGUCCAGGGGCUGCGCCUGGGACACCACGGGCCUCCAGCUGGUCGGGCUGCACCCCCAGCUGGAGACAAUUCCACGCACAGGCCACAGAACCCUGAGUUGAGUGUGGAUGUCUGGGCUGAGCUGCCUCUGGAUCCCUCCGGGUGGGGUGACCUGGAGGAACCAAAGGCCCCACCACCACCCCAUGGGCCAGCCCCUUCGGGCCUGGACCUAUUUCACAGGCUUCUGCUGCUGGACCAUUCAUUGGCUGACCAUCUGAAUGAGGAUUGUCUGAAUGGCUCCCAGCUGCUGGUCAAUUUUGGCCUGAGCCCUGCUGCUCCUCUGACCCCUCAUCAGUUCGCUCUGCUGUGCCCAGCCCUGCUUUAUCAGAUUGACAGCCGUGUCUGCAUCCAGGCCCUGGCCCCAAAUCCCCCAGGGGAUCUACUGUCUGCCCUGGUUCAUAGUGCCCUGGCAGUCCUGCUGCUCAGCCUCCCUGCUCCCCUCUCCCUGCUGCUGCUGCGGCUCCUGGGAUCUCGUCUAUUGCGGCCCCUGUUGGGCUUCCUGGGGGCCCUGGCCGUGGGCACUCUUUGCGGGGAUGCGCUGCUACACCUGCUGCCGCAUGCACAAGGAGGGAAGCAUGCCGGACCUAGUGGGCAACCAGAGGAAGACCUGGGUCCAGGGCUGUCAGUGCUCGGCGGUCUCUUCCUGCUCUUCAUGCUGGAGAACGUGCUACAGCACCGAGGGCUCAGGCCAAGAUGCUGCAGGCGAAAAAGAAAAGAUCUUGGAACACCAAACCUGGACCCAGAGGAUGGCAGUGGGAUGGCACUUCAGCCCCUACCGGCAGCUCCAGAUCCAGGGGCUCAGGGCCACAGGGAGCAGGAUAGCCAGUCCCCAACAGCCCCAGCCCCUCCUGGGCACCAAGGUCACAGUCACGGACAUCAGGGUGGCAGUGAUGCCAAUAUAACAUGGAUGGUCCUCCUGGGAGAUGGUCUACACAACCUCACUGAUGGGCUGGCCAUAGGUGCUGCCUUCUCUGAUGGCUUCUCCAGUGGCUUCAGCACCACCCUAGCGGUCUUCUGCCAUGAGCUGCCCCAUGAACUGGGUGAUUAUGCAAUGCUGCUCCGGGCAGGGCUGCCCUUUCGGCGGCUGCUGCUGCUAAGCCUGGUGUCUGGAGCUCUGGGACUGGGGGGUGCAGCCCUGGGGGUGGGGCUCAGUUUGGGCCCUGUCCCCCUCACUCCCUGGGUGUUUGGGAUCACUGCUGGGGUCUUCCUCUAUGUGGCCCUUGUGGACAUGGUGAGGUGUGGGGUGAUGAGGAGAAAACACGGGAAGGGGGGAGGCGGGGUGUGGAGGAGGGAAGUAUCAAUCCCCCCAUUUCCAUCGCUGGCCACUGGGAAGUGUGCUGGACCACAGGGCCACAGGGCCACAGGGCCUAAGAAACAACAGGCUGGAAGUGUUUGGGCAGGGGCUGCUGAUACUUCCUGAUACUUUCCUCUCAUGUUUUGGGGAUAGAAACAAGGUCGAGAUCCUGACAUUCUUUUUCUUUCAGCUACCAGCCCUUCUUCGUCCUCCUGAGCCCCUCCCUACGCUUGAGGUGCUACUGCAGGGGCUGGGGCUGCUGCUGGGGAGCAGCCUCAUGCUCACCAUAGCUCUGCUGGAGGAGCAGCUACAGCCCCCGGUCUCUGAUGGC